CCGGAGGUGGAGGAGGUUGGGCCAGGGGGGAAAGAUGAAAUGAAAAUAAUGUCAGAGAAUCAGCUCGUUUUAAAUUUUUCCAUGAACAGUGGUCGAGCUUCGAAAAGAAGGGAGUAAAAUCGACUCUAGUUCUGAGGCCACAGUGCUGUAAUAGAGGUGGCCAGGUGUGAGACUCUAAAGCCUCAGGUAUCCUGGUAAUGAUCCCAACAGAAUCUCUUGGUCACUCGUGAUGCCAUGUUUCCCUCUUAAGUUAUUGGCUUGGCCUCAGAACCUUAGCGUUCGUGUGCGCUGAACCGUUUUGUAUUUGUACUGUAGAUUUUGAGGUCCAGGAUGUAAAAAGGAAGAACUAGAGAAAACAAAAAUGAUGGAGGAAACAUAAAAACUGCAUUAAGAGCAAGGAACAAUGAGGGAACAAAAUCAAAUCUGCUUCAUCUGUCGCCUCCUUUCUACCCUUUACCCAAAGUUCUCUGCUCGCUAGGGUGUAGAAUGAAUGAAACAGAACAACAGUCGACUUAGUAAAACUACCUUCAAUAUAGAAAUUAAUUAGUUUGAUCUUUCAAUUAUAAUCUCCGAAUUAUAGUAAAAGCUAACAAUUAUUUACUUAGACGUUUAUAUUCCCCCACCAAUAUUGCUACUUAGUAAUCGGUCAGUCACAGCCUCAACCUAGUGAAAUAAUCUUGACAAAAAAGCGAGUUCAGGCCGGUUUUAUCAAAGGAAUGUAAAACUGUGGAAAAAAAUAACGUUACAGAGAGAAAAUACUUUUUUAAAAGGGGUACCUGAAAAAUAAUUUUUAAAGUCAUCACUGAUUUCUUUCAGCCUAUUGUUAAAUACAGUUUUGGUUAUAAUGGACCCCAUAUUGAUAAACAGUACUUGUUAAAGGAUGAAUGAGGAACUGACAAAAAAAAAAGUUGUUUACCUCAAAUAUCGGUGUUACUUGUAUGUUAUAUAAAAGCAUCAUCAAUCUCUCUCUUUUUUUUUUUUACUGUUCAAGAAAUAAAGUUCCUGUGAAAAUGACUCUUCAGGAAAUGGUGCUUCAAGCUGCUGCUCUUUACUCUGACCGGAUAGCUGUAUGUUUUGAUGAAUGUAAAAAUCGACACCCAGUUUAUUACACUUACAAAUCUAUGGUUAAUUUUGCCUCAGAAUUAUCUAGCUUUCUGCAACUACACUGCAGUUUUGAAGGGAUUCAUGAAAUUGGUCUUUACUGCUAUCCAGGAAUAAAUUUACCCUCUUGGAUUUUGGGAAUUCUGCAAGUACCUGCUGCAUAUUCUCCUGUUGAUCCAGAUAUACCACCAGAGUUAUCAGCCUAUUUUAUGAAAAAAUGUAACCUCAAGUAUAUCCUUGUUGAAAAAAACCAAGUUGAUAAAUUCAAAUCUUUCCAUGAAACUUGGUUAAAUAAUGAUACCAUUACAGUAGACCAUAUUGAUUUAACACUUUUUGAACUACACUGGAAUGAUACUGAUGUGAACUUGAUGCUACAUGAUAAAAAAGAGAAAUAUGGAAAGGAAAAAAUGAAUAAUUCCAUCAGUUCUUUGAACAAUAAUGAAGAAAAAGCAAAAAAGUGCAUGGAUGUCAGAUUGCAGCAUUGCUUAGCUUAUGUUCUACACACUUCAGGAACUACAGGAAUCCCUAAGAUUGUCAGAGUGCCUCAUUCAUGUAUAGUACCAAAUAUUCAGCAUCUUAGGACACUGUUUGAGAUCACACAAGAAGAUAUUCUUUUCAUGGCUUCCCCUUUGACAUUUGAUCCAUCUGUUGUGGAGAUAUUUCUUGCUUUGACAAGUGGAGCAUCUCUGCUUAUAGUUCCCAAUGCUAUUAAAAUGCUGCCAUCAAAAUUAGCUACUGUUCUAUUUCACAAUCACCACGUGACAGUUCUCCAGGCUACACCAACACUGCUUAGAAGAUUUGGAUCUCAGCUCAUCAAGUCAUCUGUGUUAUCAGCCACAACUUCACUUCGUGUAUUAGCCCUUGGUGGUGAAGCAUUCCCAUCAUUGAGUGUUCUCAGAAGCUGGAGGGAAGAAGGCAAUAAAACUCAAAUAUUUAAUAUCUAUGGUAUCACAGAAGUAUCCGCCUGGGCAACAUGUUACAGGAUUCCGGAAGAGGAUCUUGGCUCCACUCUGGGAGUUGAGUCCCCUGUGCAAUUGGGAUCUCCACUGCUCGGAACAGUAGUCGAAGUCAGAGACACAAAUGGUUUGACAGUUCAAGAAGGCGAAGGCCAAGUUUUUUUAGGUGGUGAGAAGCGGGUAUGUUUUCUUGAUGAUGAAAUAAUUCUACCUUUUGGCACAAUGAGAGCAACUGGUGAUUUUGUUACUGUGAAAGACGAAACAAUGUUUUUCUUGGGGCGGCAAGACAGUCAAAUUAAACGUCAUGGCAAACGUGUUAAUAUUGAAUGUGUACAGCAGGUUGCUGAAGGAAUUUCUCAGGUAGAAUCCUGUGCAGUUAUAUGGUAUCGUCAGGAAAGAUUAAUUCUGUUUGUGGUGACCAAAGAUGGUUUAGUGAAGGAUGGUAUUUUAGGAGAACUUCAAAAACAUAUUCCAAGUUAUGCAGUCCCAGAUGAUGUCAUGGUGAUUGAAGCCUUACCAUUUACAUCUCAUGGCAAAAUCGAUGUGUCUGAGUUAACCAAGAUUUACUUUAACUACAUAAAUUUGAAGUCUAAUAGUAACCUCAAAGGAAAAGAGGAACUAUGGGAAAGAUUACAAUACUUAUGGAAGUCAUCUCUGAGACUUCUGGAAGAUCCUUUGGAAGUUUCUAAAGAUUCACUAUUCCUUAGUAAUGGUGGUGAUUCCUUAAAGGCCCUUUGGUUCAAUAAUGAGAUUGAACAUCUGGUAGGUAGAGCGAUACCCGGACUUCUAGAAGUUAUUCUCAGUUGCUGCAUCUUAGAUAUCUAUAAUCACAUUCUCCAAGCAGUGUUUCCAGAUGAAGAUAUACCACUCAGUAGGAGUUACUGCACAAAAAGAAAAUUCAGUGUCAUGAAUAGAGGAGAAAUAAUUGGCAAAUAUGUAGAUCAGAAGUCUGGAAGGCCUGUGAAUUCUGGCAAAGAGCAAAAUGCUUUUAUUGCAUUGAGCAGAGGAAAUCAGAUUUUGUUUGUCAAUGUCUCUGAGUCUUUAAAGAAUUCCCUAAGUAUGAGACAGACAGGAACCAAGUUAGGAAAAUAUCCUUCAGCAUCUUCUGAUUUAAUUUCAUCUGAAGAGUCCAGUUUUAUUAAAAAUGUGACAAGUAAAAGCCCUUUACCAGUUACUGGGAAGAUGGAUGGUGCAGAAGAGAUCAGCCCUGUGUCAAAAAUUUCAGAAGAUGAGACUUCCGUGAGAGCGUCUGAGAAAAUAAAGUUAUGUGUCAGGUGGAAGUCCAAUACUGGCAAAUGUGUGGAUUCUUCACCUCUCAUUGUAAUAUCACUUCUCAAUCAAUCAUCUGCAACUGUCUACAUUGGAUCCCAUUCUCACAGGAUACAAGCAAUCGAUCUCUCUUCUGGGAAAGUGAAAUGGGAACAGAUCUUGGGAGAUCGCAUUGAAUCCUCAGCUUGUCUCUCUCACUGUGGAAAUUUCAUUAUAGUGGGUUGCUACAAUGGUUUAAUUUAUGUACUCAGAAACAGUAAUGGAAAAAUACAUUGGACAUUUGCCACCAAAGAUACUGUUAAAAGCUCUGCAACCACGGAUCCAUCCACAGGCCUCAUCUAUGUGGGAUCUCAUGACCAUCAUGCAUAUGCUUUGGAUAUUUAUAAGGAGACCUGUGUUUGGAAGUCAUAUUGUGAAGGAACUGUCUUUUCUUCACCAUGUCUAAGCCUGGUACCCCAUCACUUAUAUAUUGCUACACUGAAAGGAGUUCUACUGGCCUUAAAUCCUGCUUCUGGAAAUAGAGUUUGGACACAUUACUGUGGAAAACCUCUUUUCUCUUCUCCACAAUGCAACUUGCAGUAUGUUUUUGUUGGUUGUGUGGAUGGGAAUUUAUACUGCUUUAACCACAUGGGACAACUGGUUUGGCAGGUUUCUACUAAUGGACCAGUCUUUUCAUCCCCUUGCAUCUCUGGUUCAAUGAAGCAAGAAAUCUUUUUUGGCUCCCAUGAUUGCUUUGUCUACUGUUAUGAUAUGGAAGGACAUUUCCAAUGGAAAUUUGAGACUACUGCAAGUAUAUAUGCAAUACCAUUUACUUUCUACAAUCACAAUCUAAGCAGUGAAAUGCUGCUAGCAGCAGCAUCUACUGAUGGAAAACUAUGGAUCUUGGAUGCUAAAAGAGGACACUUACAAACAAUACAUAAGCUUCCUGGAGAAGUUUUCUCAUCUCCUGUGGUCUGGCAAUCAAUGCUUGUUGUGGGGUGUCGAGAUGAUUAUGUAUAUUGUUUGGAUUUGUUGGGUGUUACUGAAAAGUAACAAGCCUACAGUUCUUCAGUGUUUUUAUCAAUAUCACGUAGAUUGAGGGGCAGCUAGGUGGCGCAGUGGAUAAAGCACCGGCCCUGGAUUGAGGAGUUCCUGAGUUCAAAUCUGGCCUCAGACACUUGACACUUACUGGCUGUGUGACCCUGGGCAAGUCACUUAACCCCAUUGACCUGUUAAAAAAUAAAUAAAUAAAUAAUCAAUAUCACGUAGAUAGAAACUAUUGGUUUUACAUGUACAGAGAGAUGUGCCUAGGUACUGUUCAUAUCAAAGAUAUUUUGGUUAAUAAAUGAUUCAUCAGGAAAUGAUCAUUUUUGAAUUCCCUUUGAUGGGUCAUUAUAGCUGCAGAAGCUGUUGAAUGAUCUGGUUACACAUAUCAUGCUCACUAAUAUUUAUAUUUUCCACUGUGUAUGAUAGUCAAUAUAUGCCAUCAGAUACUUCAGUUAAAAAGAUCUUGGGCCUGAAAAAGGAGAAUCAAGUGACUUGUACAGACUCACAAAGAUUAGACUAGGAAGUAGAAAGGAAAUUGGAACUUUUAAUUCCCAGACUAGGCUGUUUUCCUGUGUGUUUGAUUUGUCUUUUUGCUUCUAUUAUCUUGUACACACUGAGUGUUUUUAAAAAAUUCUUAUUGAAUUGGAUAACAUGGCAGCAGGAUAGUUGAUGAGUACAAUCUCUUUGCUUGCUUUUAUGUUGUUUGCUUAUUCUUUCUCAAUGAAAUUUACAGCAUACUUGGGUUUUCAAAGUCAGAAAUGUGUGACCUUUUUAUAAGUGAAUAAGGUUCCUAUAUUAGGAAAUAAAAUUACCAGAUGGUUUUGGUUAAUAUACUCUUAUCAUUUUCUCUUUUACUAACAUCUCCCUGAGGACUAUGCUAAUUUAUUUUAUUCUUUUAUGAGCUUUAACUCUUUUUUUGUUUUUUCCUUUUUAUUUAAAGGAAAAAACCCAGAAUUUUUUUAAUGAAAUAUGGUCACAUUCUGGGGGAAAAUACUGCUUUGCAUUCAGACUAAUGUGAGAUCUUGGCCACAACUGGCUGAAAACUGUUCUACGUAACUCUCUCCCCCCACCCCCAUUUAUUUAGAAUUUUAUUUUUUCCAAAAUUACAUGUAAAAACAAAUUUGAACAUCAAUUUUUAAAAGUUAUGUGUUCCAAAUUCUCUUCCCUCCUCCUCAU